CCAGUUCCAGCAUGGACCCGUCGGAGCCGGGCAGCGCGGCCGAGGAUGAGGAGGAGAAGCUUCCAGAAGUUCGGCCUCGCACCCGCUCCAACCCCGAGGGCGCCGAGGACCGGGCCCCGAGCGGCCUGGGCACCGUGGGCACUCGAGGGGACACCGUGGGCACCCGGGGGGAGGCUGUGGGCAACCGAGGAGAGGCCGUGGGCACCCGGAGCGAGGGCACCCGGGCAGAGGCCGUGGGCAACCGGAGCGAGGGCGAGGGCGAGGCGGCCAGCGCCGGGCACAGCCCCCCCGGGCAGCCUGGCACGGCCUGGCACGGCCCCGGCGGUGCCCAGCACGGCGAGGUGACCGUGAGAACACCGCGGGUGAACUGCCCCGAGAAGGUGAUCAUCUGCCUGGACCUGGCCGAGGAGAUGGCAGUGCCCAAACUGGAGUCCUUCAACGGGUGCCGCAGCAAUGCCCUGACGGUGGCACAGAAGAUGAUCGAGAUGUUCGUCAGGACCAAACACAAAAUCGACAAAAGCCACGAGUUCGCCCUGGUGGUGGUGAACAACGAUGCCACCUGGCUCUCGGGGUUCACGUCGGAUCCCCGCGAGGUUUGCAGCUGCCUCUACGACCUGGACACCGUCGUGUGCCAGUCCUUCAAUCUGGACGGGCUCUUCAACCUCAUCCAGCAGAAGGUGGAGCUGCCGGUGACCGACAAUGUCCAGACCAUCCCCCCGCCCUUCGUGGUCAGAACCAUCCUGGUGUUCGGGCGCCCGCGCUGCCAGCCCCACUUCUGUGGGGGCGAGCACGUCAAGAAGCUGCUGCAGUGCCCCUAUUUCUUCUUUGACGUCGUUUACAUCCACAACGGGCUGGACGAGAAGGAGGAUGAGAGCAGCUGGAAGGACAUGUUCGGGUUUUUCGGCAGCCUGGACACCAAAGGCACCAACUACAAGUACGAGGUGCCUCUGGCAGGGCCGGCACUGGAGCUGCACAACUGCAUGGCCAAGCUGCUGGCGCAUCCCCUGCAGCGGCCCUGCCAGAGCCACGCGCACUACGGGCUGCUGGACGGAGGGGACAGCCCCGAGGGGGAGGCCAUGAACUGAGGGGACAGCCCCGAGGGGGAGGCCAUGAACUGAGGGGACAGCCCUGACAGCAAGGCCUCCCUCUGAGGGGACAGCCCCAGAGAGGGGGACAGCCCUCAGGGGGCGGCCAUGCCUGAGGGGACAGCCCCAACAGCAAGGCCUCCCUCUGAGGGGACAGCCCCAGACAGGGGACAGCCCUGAGGGCAAGGCCACCCUUUGAGGGGACAGCCCUGGCAGCAAGGCCAGCCCCUGAGGGGACAGCCCCAGACAGGGGACAGCCCUGAGGGUGAUGCCACUGCCUGAGGGGACAGCCCCACCCUCUGAGGGGACAGCCCUGUGAAAAACGCCACUCCCUCGUGUUUUAAAAUUUGAAAAGUUGAAUAGGAAUAAAAUGGUUCUAGAAAGAGAAAUAAAGACAGAGGAAUAAAGAUUUGGACAAUUAGGGUUUAGCACAAUAGAGGACAAUAAAAAUAAAGAGUUAUGGAUGGUC